ACUAGUCGUCCGCAUCUCCCUGCUGUAAAUCGUGGGACCGAACUCCAUGCGCCGAUAGCUACCUUACCCUAGUGGCUAGAUCUUCAACAGAGAGAGAGAACCAUCGGUGUGUCCACACUCUUACCUUACUUUCCUGGCCAUCGAAGCAGCUACCUGGAGCUCAUCCCCGAAGAAGAGAUCGAAGCAUUUGCGCGACUGGACGAUAUCGACGCGAUACCGAAAAAGCAACCUCACACGUCGAUGACUGGCGAACUAGAUCAAAUGGCGGCGGCCAAGGAGGAGGAGUUGAAGACGCCGGCUGGUGGACUGCAGCCACCAGGUGAAGCAAACGAUUACCUCUCUGCCGGAGGUGGAUCAUACAGUGGGAUGAGCACGCCAGGCACACCCGGCCUCACGAGGACAAAUAGUAAUGGUUCCGAUGGAGGAUACAGCAGUUUUGACACUUUUGGAGGAGGCGACUACCCUCCGGUGGACCGCUUGACCAUGUUCGAUAUCCUGGAGAACCUGGCACUACCGCAACGAUUGGAGAAGAUGCAGAACGUGGUUCAUGAGAACGCAGAGAAGCUACGCCGGCAAAGACAGAGACUCGCGACAAGAGCCAUGUCCAGCAAGAACGUUGUCGUAGACGAGUGGAGGAAGAGAGUGCCUAUUGCCCCAGAUGAGCAAUUACAGAAAUACCGCAAGCGGAUGCGGACAUCGGUGGACCGACUGAACAAGCGUUGGAACGAUGCAAAGACGGUAUCGCUGAUGGAGAAGGUGUCUUUCGUGACGGCAGUGUUGAACAUCUUCAUCUCGGCAUACCUUAUGGGUGCUUUCCCGGAGUACUUCCAUUAUUGGUAUACCGUGCAGCUGAUCUACUUUGUGCCUCUACGAUGGUUCAAUUACCACAAGAUCGGAUUUCACUACUUCCUCGCGGAUCUCUGCUAUUUCGUCAACAUGCUGCUGAUAUCAUCAAUCUGGUUCUUCCCACAAUCAAAACGACUGCUCAUCAGUACAUAUUGCCUAGCAUUCGGCAACAACGCUAUCGCUAUUGUAAUGUGGAGGAACAGCCUUGUGUUUCACAGUCUCGACAAGACCACAACCCUCUUCAUCCACAUCAUGCCCUGCGCAACUCUCCACGUCCUCAUCCACCUCAUCCCCAAACAAAUGCAACUCGACCGCUUCCCAGCAAUUCACACCAUCAAAUUCUCCGCGCCAGGCGCUCCCGAACACUACUCCCUCGGCGACAUGAUCAUCUGGGCCACCCUACCCUACGCCGUUUGGCAACUCUCCUACCACUUCAUGAUAACCGUCCGCAAGCGAUCUAAAAUCGCCGCUGGCCGUCCCACAUCAUUCACCUGGCUCCGACGCUCAUACCGCGGAAACUUCCUCGGUAAAUUCGUCCUCGGCUUCCCAGAUCGCUUACAAGAGCCCAUCUUCAUGUGCAUCCAAUACUGCUACGCGCUACUCACCAUGCUGCCCUGCCCGAUUUGGUUCUGGUAUCGAUGGGCCUCCGCUGGUUUCCUCAUCACAUGUCUCUCCUGGGCGAGCUGGAACGGCGCGACGUUUUACAUUGACGUCUUUGGCAGGAGGAUGGAGAAGGAACUGAAUAAGCUCAAGGAGGAAGUGGCCAAGAUGAGCAAGAGUCCGGAG